AUGGCACAGAAUCCACCGGCCAAGCUCAAGACGGCUUUCAAGCUGUCCAAGAGCUACUCGCCCAUCUACACAGGCGGCAAAGUCGCGGCUACGCCAGAUGGCAAUUGGCUCUUCACGACGCUCAAUGAAGAGAUCAUCAUUACCGACGUGCAGACGGGCAGACAGCUCCAGCGCUUGCACCCUGAUCCCUCGCCGGUCACUCAUCUGGCAGUCUCGUCGAACUAUCUCGUCGUUGCAAGCAGGAGCUUGACCAUCCGCAUCUAUUCCCUUUCAGGCUGGAUUGUCACGCCCGACGAAGAACCGGAGACGCUCCAGCCUGGUGUGACUAUCCCUCGAGCCCACGAAGCGCCCAUCUCCGUACUCGCCAUCGACCCGACGCAAUCCAUUUUCGCUUCAGGCAGUGCAGACGGUAUACUCAAAGUAUGGGAUUGCUCAAAAGGUCACACGACGCAUGUACUCAAGGGACACUCUUCUGUUCUCUCUGCGCUCGCUUUCGAAGUCUCCGACAAGCGCAAGCCGAGGCUCAUCUCCGCUGAUGACGAGGGCAAGAUAAGGACAUGGGAUCUCAAGGAUCGAAAGUGUCUCUUCAUCUCGCAAGGUCACGUCAGCUCCGUCAGAGCUCUGUCCACGCUCAGUCUGGCCGAAUCGCCUUCUCUGCAAGCUAUCAUUCGCAGCGUUGCGCCCGAGACUGCGUCAAGAUCAGUAAAGACUCUGCUACUUAGCGCAGGUCGGGAUCGCGUUGUCAACUUGUGGGAUAGCGACCAAGGCAACUUGCUCAAGACGAUCCCCGUCUUUGAGUCCGUCGAGGCUGCAUCACUCGUCUUACUCGAACAGAGCCCCACAAAGCAUGCCAAGGGCAAGAGGAAAGCAAGCGACGAUCAGCAACUUGGCUUCGUUACUGCUGGCGAUAAAGGCAUGGCCAGGCUGUGGAAUCUCACAGAGAGCUCGUCGAUAGCCUCUUCUGCCGUGCCCACUCGGCUCGAGGGUCACGAAUUGACAGAUGCAAUCUACCUCGAACAAGCGCAGCUGAUACUGACAGUACGGGUUGACACUGUACUGACCUUCCUCAGCGUGCCAGAGUUGAAGGAGGCACGACACAUUGUCGGCUUCAACGACGAAGUUGUCGAUGCGCUCUUGCUCGACAGCGAAACCGAUGCGCAACCGUCUCAUCUCGUCAUUUCGACCAAUUCUGAUUCUAUACGGCUGUACGAUCUAGCACGAUUCGAUGUCAAGCUCCUUACGGGACACACAGACGUCGUACUCUGUCUCAGUCGAAAAGGUUGUCAACUCAUCGCUAGUGGAAGCAAGGACAAGACUGCGAGAAUAUGGGUGCACGACGGGACCGGCUUCCGUUGUCGAGGGAUAUGCGAAGGUCAUCUCGAGAGUGUGGGCGCGAUUGCGCUCAGCCAAAAGGGCGACUUUCUCUGUACUGCAAGUCAAGACCGCACAAUGAAGAUAUGGGAUCUCAGUGCGCUUGCCCAAGCCGGCACAGACACUCCAUCUUUGCGGUCGCUCAUCACUACCAAGAUCCACGAUAAAGAUAUCAACGCGCUCGAUGUUGCGCCCAACGACAGGAUGAUCAUUUCGGGCUCGCAGGACAAGACUGCAAAGUUGUGGUCGGUACAGUACUCCCAGGGCUCUGCAGGCGCGAGUGCUAGCUUCCAAUUGCUUGCCGUUUUCAAGGGCCACAAACGAGGCGUCUGGUCCGUUCGUUUCUCGCCUGUCGAUCCUUGCGUCGCUACCUCUUCGGGCGAUCGUACGGUCAAAUUGUGGAGUCUAUCUGACUUUGCGUGCAUCAAAACAUUUGAGGGCCAUACGAAUUCGGUCCUUCGAGUCGAUUUCAUCACACGGGGCAUGCAGCUCAUCUCGAGCGCGUCCGACGGCCUGGUCAAAGUCUGGAACGUCCGCGACGAGGAGUGUGUUGCCACGCUGGAUCAUCACGAAGACAAAAUAUGGGCUCUCACUUCUUCUGGCGACGGUAGCACGAUUGCAUCGGGUGCGGCAGACUCGAGCAUUGCAAUCUGGCAAGAUAUCACUGCUCAAGUUGAGCUCGAAAAGGUCGAGAAGCUCGAGCAGACGAUACUCAAAAAUCAAGACCUGGAGAACUUCAUUGCCUUCAAGGACUACAAGAAUGCCAUCUCGCUCGCUCUGACGAUGGAUCAGCCCAGACGGCUGUACAACCUCUUCACAACUGUGGCAAACGAUCGCGAGUCAUUUGACGCCAUCAGCGACGGCAGUCUCGGUCCUGUUGGGACAGGUUCAAUCACUGGAUCUGGCGCCGUUGAUCAAGUCAUCGCUUCGCUUGAUCGAGAAGCCGUCAUGAAGCUGUUAGACUACGUCAAAGAUUGGAAUACGACAGCGCGGACAUCAGAAAUCGCUCAAGUCAUCUUGUAUGCGAUCCUCAAGCAUCACUCCGCCCAAUCACUCACCCGUCCUGCUGCCAUACUCGAGUUCGACGAUGACAAGCCACGUGCAAAGAGCAACCAGUUUGCUGAGAUCCUGUCGGCACUGAUAUCUUACACUGAGCGACAUCUCGUACGCGUCAACAAGGCACUCGUUCAGGAAAGUUUUAUACUUGACUAUCUAUUGGCUCAGAUGGAUAUGGACAUGCUGCCCGAAGACGAGCUCGCUUCAGAGCCUGCUGUCAAGCUGACCAACGGACAUGCAUAG